AUGGAGAAAAGUGAAUCCUACGCAAUUGUUGAUAUAAACAUUUGUGAUAAGAAUCCUGAGACGACUAAACAGGAUUCUAUUAUGAAUUUACCUCUUAAAACCGUCAUCAAAAUACAACGCGAUCGCGGGGAACGCGAUUAUAUAGGAUUUGCGACUCUGCCGGAGCAGGUUCAUCGCAAGUCGGUUAAAAGAGGGUUCGACUUCACCUUGAUGGUGGUCGGAGAGUCCGGACUCGGGAAGUCCACACUAAUAAACAGUUUAUUUCUUGGAGAUCUUUAUAAAAAUAGGAAAAUACCAGACGUCCAAGAUAGAAUCGAAAAAACAACAACUAUCGAAAAGAAAACGAUGGAAAUUGAAGAACGUGGAGUGAAGUUACGACUGACUAUAGUUGACACGCCGGGGUUUGGAGACGCUAUCAACUGCGAGGAUUCAUGGAGGGUCUGUUCAGCGUACGUUGAUGAACAGUUCAGACAAUACUUCACUGAUGAGAGCGGCCUCAACAGACGUCACAUGCAGGACAACAGAGUGCACUGCUGCCUUUACUUCGUGCCACCAUGGGCACACAGUUUGCGUCAAGUGGACUUAGAAAUGAUGAGGAGGCUUCAUCGGAAAGUAAACAUCGUUGUGGUGAUAGCCAAAGCUGACUCCCUCACAGCUGCCGAGAUAAGACGACUCAAGACUAGGAUACUUAAUGAUUUAGACGAACAUCAGAUACAAGUAUACCAGUUCCCUGAAUGUGAUAGUGAUGAGGAUGAAGAAUUCAAACAGCAGGAUCGGGAGCUGAAGGCGGCUGCGCCAUUCGCUGUGGUUGCAUCUGACACUGUGUUGGAGGUUGGGGGGAAGAGAGUGCGAGGGAGGCAGUAUCCAUGGGGUAUUGUUGAUGUGGAAAACCCGCGGCAUUCGGACUUCACUAAACUACGCACGAUGUUGAUCUCCACUCACAUGCAGGACCUAAAAGACGUGACGCAGGAUGUCCACUACGAGAACUUCCGCGCGCAAUGCAUUUCGCAAAUAUCGCAACACGCCAUGCGAGAGAGAGGAAAACUGAAGAGAGAUUCAAUGGGCAACAACACUGAAGUCGUAUUCACAGAUACAGAUCGUUUGUUGCUACAGAAAGAUGAAGAGAUACGACGUAUGCAAGACAUGUUAACACAAAUGCAAGAAAAACUCAAAGCUUCCGAUAAAAAACAUGACAGUAUUAUCGAUGUAUAG